CCUAGCUCCUAUCCAAAUCUCUGUUUCCGAGCCAAUCAUCGAGAGAUGAGGAUGUUCGGCUCCGCUUUCGUGCCAUUGUCAUUACUGCUCUUUAUGACUGCUUCCUCAUGUUUUGCCUUAGAAGAAGAGUCCAAUCCAAACAUUCCUUCGGCCUUGAGGAAGGCUCUGUUCGCAGACUAUGACAAAUUGGUUAAGCCUCACGGACUUGUCACGGUCAGGUAUUCCUUGGACAUUGUCGACAUUGCACUCUGUCCACAUCAACAAAAGCUACAAAUAACCGGAUUCGCCCAUCAUUCCUGGUUCGAUAUUAGACUGAGAUGGGAUCCAGAGGAGUUCCAAGGAAUCAAAGAGCUCCAUUUGCCCUCCACAGAGCUCUGGAUGCCCGAUAUUACCCUCUACAAUGGGGUGGGUCCACCCCAAAAUAACCUUCUGGAUCUGGCGCCCCAUGCCUUUGCUGUUAUUGGCUACAAAGGAGAAGUGGUCUUUGUUCCAAGCUUGAGCAUGAGCGCUUUUUGUCCGGUGAAAACGGACAAUUGGCCAUGGGACGAUCAGAGUUGUACUCUUAUGGUGGGAAGUUGGAGUUAUGAAAAAAAGGACGUGGAUAUUCAACCUUUCGAGUCGGACACGUUCCCGCCCAUUGGUGUAGACUCUUUUAUGAAUCCAAGGGUCGAGAUUCUUGGCUCCUCGUUCUUGAGAGUGGAAAAUAGAUUUCCGUGUUGUCAGGACAAGGUGUUUCCAACCCUUAAUCUGAACAUUCAGUUCAAGGAGAUAUCCAAGUUCGUCCAUGGUACAUUGAUCACAAAAGACACCGUCGUGGAUGAAGAUGGAUGAGAAAAAAUGAUAGCUCUGUGUAUUGAUAAAAAAUGUAUAGAGCAUUGUCUGGAUGUGGCAUUCCCGAGGGUAAAAAUAUAUCAUAACCAUAACCAGUAA